AUGGACGUGUUUGGAGGAGCGCCGCGGUUCUUCGCCUACCCGAGGCCCGUGGUUGUACAGAGCGGGACGGACGCCGUCCUGAAGUGUCAGAUCGGCGGCGACCCGAGGCCCGCCGUCAUCUGGGAGCGAAACAACGAGAAAAUCGACCCGCAGGGACGAUACAGGGUCUUCGAGGACGGAAAUGUUUACAAUCUCAUCAUUUCGGCGGUUGUGAGUGAGGACAGUGGACAGUACAUAUGCAAAGCCAAGAACAGCAUUGGGGAGACGUACGCCGCCGCCACGCUGAAGGUGGAGGGCGAGGCGCAGGAGAUGGAGCUCCGGGAGGAAAACAAGCCGCUGUUCCUCAUCAAGCCGCUCUCCACCCGCGUCGGCCGUGGUGAAGACGCCGUCUUCUCCUGUAAGCUCUGGGGAAACCCACGGCCGGAGGUCGCCUGGGAGAAGGACGGUAGAAAACUCAACGAGAUCUUUGAGAGCACACACUUCAGCGUGGGCUACCAGGACGGAGGCUGGUUCCAGCUCAAGAUCUUUAAGACUCGCGCUCCAGACGGCGGCGUUUACACGUGCAAAGCCAGGAACGAGUUCGGGGAAGCGCUGGCGGGAGCCGUGCUGCUCGUCGACGCCGGCCCGGGACACGAGGAAGAGGGAAAUCGGAACGGCUACACAAACGGCCACUGGAAAGCCCACCAGGGCAAACAGAGGUGUGGAAGGCAAGUGCCGAACCGCCUCAGAGACGACUCGACAACUAAGUCCACUAAAGUGAAAAUGUUCGCCGUGACGGAGGGCAAACACGCCAAAUUCCGCUGCUUUGUGACUGGUAAACCCAAACCAGAAAUCCUCUGGAGGAAGGACGGCAGGCUGAUACUGUCGGGAAGGCGUUACUUGUUAUACGAGGACAGAGAAGGAUACUUCACACUCAAAGUUCUGUACUGUAAACAAAAGGAUAAUGGAGUUUAUGUGUGUGCAGCGUCAAACACAGCAGGCCAAACCCUCAGCGCGGUUCACCUCUCUGUCAAAGAGCCGCCUGUGCGGUUCAAGCAGCCGCUGAUUGAUCUCGAAGUAUGGGAACGCGAUUUAGCUGUCCUCGAGUGUGAAGUUCCAGAGGACUCUGUUCCCAUCACGUGGUAUCUGGAGGAUCGACGGCUACAGCCAGGGGCCAAAUAUGGAAUGGAGGAGUGGGGAACAAAACGCCGAUUAACAAUCCGGGACAUCGGAGUGGACGAUGAUGGGAUUUACCUCUGUGAGAUGCCUGAUGGGGGUCGAAGUAUUGCAGAGGUAGCUGUAAAAGGUACAAUCUUGCGGAAGCUUCCAAGGAAAGUAGAUGUCUUGGAGGGGGAGAACGCAGCUUUUUGUGUGGAGGUGGAAAAAGAAGAGAUGGACAUCCACUGGUACAAAGACGGCAUGGAGCUGCGUGAGACCCAUCAGACCAUCCUCAAGUCAUUCGGUCGAACUCACAUCCUGGUUUUUGUCAAUACAAUGCCCCAAGACUCCGGCCUUGUCACUUUCCUUGUUGGAAGAUCAAAAACUUCCUCCCAGCUGAGAGUGAAAGCGGCAAGACAUUGUCCUCCCAGCUGUCCGGUGGGAGUGCAGAUCAACACAGAGCGUGCAAAUGCAGCGCUCCUCUCAUGGGUUCCGGCUCAGGACACACGGAAGAACCCACCGUCUGGAUACGUGCUCGAGCGACAAGAAGUGGGCACCGGAUCGCAAGAGUGGCUGCAGUGUCUCACCACGGACUCGGCGACUUCUGUGGAGAUCCUCGGGGACAGCGUCCCAUGUGAGGCUGACUAUCGCUUCCGCAUUUGCAGCGUGAACAAAUACGGAAAGAGCAACAAUGUUGAGUUCCCCAGAACUGUUCACUUGGUUCCUGUAGCACGAAUACAGGCUCCCCUACAGGAUGCAUUGGUGCCAGAAGGCCAAGAUGGCAUCUUUUCUAUUGAACUCUCAGCUUCUGUUAUUGGUACGUGGUUUUUAAAUGGAAUUCAGCUUCAGGAGGAUGAGCGUUUUUCCAUGCGUCGGUCGAGAACACACCAGUCUCUUCGCAUUCGUGGAGUACGAGACACAGACAAUGGAGCUGAGAUCACAUUUAUUGCCUACGGCAUCCGGGAUUCUGCAGCACUGUACAUUCAAGCUCCUCUUGUCAAGUUUUCCCCACUGUCAGAAAUGGAUCGAAACAAAUUCGUAGAAAUGGGAAACCCCAUAGUGCUCUACUGUGAGCUGUCAGACCCUGCCGCUCCGGUGCACUGGUACAAAAAUGGGGUGGAAUUGCAAACAGUGGAGGGCCUUCAUAUCCAGUCUGAGGGCACCAUGAGACGAAUUGUCAUCCAGUCAGCAGAGUACGCCCAUUCAGGAGUCUAUUGCUGUGAUGCCAUCGAUGACGUAAUCAGGUUUAAUGUGGAAGUGGAGGCUCCACCGGUAACAUUUGUCGAUAUCCCAGAGAAGGACCUUUACCAGAGUGUUGUGGAGAAAGAGCAGCUGGUUCUGUCGUGCCAAGUGUCGAGAGCCGACGGGCUCGUCCAGUGGUACAAGGAUGGAAGUGAACUGCAUUCGAGCAGCAAUGUGUCGAUGCAAGCCGAGGGCACCGACAGAACUCUGAUCAUACGUUCGUCCCAGCUGUCCGACACGGGCACAUACACAUGUCGGGCUGGAGACAACAUUUUAAUCUUCAAGGUUAACAUAAGAGAACCUCCUGUGAUGAUAAUCUAUCCAAAGGAGGACGUCCACCUCGACCGUCACGUCCCUGAGGAAAUUAUUCUGAGCUGUGAACUGUCUCGCCCCAAUGGGGUGGUCAGCUGGUACAAAGAUGGCCAAAAGCUCCAAGAGAGUGAAAACAUCAAGCUCAAGAUCGAAGGGCCUUAUAGACGACUCAAGAUUAUCAGCAGCGGAGUGGAAGAUUCUGGAGAAUAUGUCUGUGACACGGCUGACGACUCAAUAUUUUUUCACCUCAGUAUUACAGAGCCCCCGGUGCAAAUUGUAUCCCCGAGUCAGUCACAAAUGGAACUGUGUCAGCAGACCUCCGAGAGGAUGGUCCUGAGCUGCGAGAUCUCGCGGCCCAAUGCAGUGGUGCGCUGGUAUAGAGACGGACUAGAGGUGGAGGAGAAUGACAAUCUCAUCCUAGAGGUGGAUGGUGUCUACAGAAGACUUAUUAUUCCCGAAACCACCGUCAAAGACUCGGCCGAAUACGUGUGUGACACAGCAGAUGACUCAGUGACGUUCUUUGUAAACAUAGCAGAGCCUCCCGUUCGCUUUGUGCGUCCACGGAAGACAGCAAGCAAAGUAGAGAAAAUGGUGGGAGAGACUCUGGUCCUCGACUGCGAGGUCUCAAGAUCAAAUGCCGAAGUCACCUGGAAGAAGAACGGGGAAGAAGUAGAAGAUUCCAGGAACGUCACGAUCCUUGAGGACGGCGUCAUGCAUCAGUUGACCAUUCACUGCCUGACAGAGGACGACGCUGGGCAAUACGUUUGCGAUGCAAAGGAUGACGUGAUGGAUUUUACCGUGAAAGUACAAGAGUUGCCAGUUAAAAUUCUUGGAAAAACAGAUGCAAAAACUGAAAAGCAGUUCUCAGUAUCGGAUGAUAUAAUCCUAGUUUGUGAACUCUCCAGAGCCAAUGCCUCAGUAAGCUGGUACAAAGAUAAUCGGCUCAUAGAUGACACAGAGAGAUACUGUUGCGAGGAGCAAGGCGUUUUCCAUUCCUUGGUUGUCCUAAACGCUGGGCUUGAAGAUUCGGGGGAGUACACCUGCGAUGCGGUGGAUGAUAAGAUGGUGUUCUACAUCACUGUCAAAGAACCACCUGUGCAGAUCAUUGGGAACUCAGGCAACCCGGAGCAUCAUAUGCUGGUAGCAGGAGACGAUCUUAUUCUGGAGUGCGAAGUGUCUCGGCCGAACGCCACUGUUCAGUGGUUACGGAAUGGAGAGAUCCUGAAACCAGACACUCGCUUAAAAAUUGAUAGCUGUGACGUUGUAAGGAAGCUUGUUCUUUCUGGACUGCGUCCCUCAGACUCUGGAAAAUACAUUUGUGAUGCCAUUGAUGACAAACUGAUUACCAUUGUGGAGGUCGAAGAACCACCGGCCACAUUUCUGAACAAAACGGAGAAUAACAGCGUCUCUGCAUAUGAAAACGAGAGCGUCACGCUGUGUGCCAUUUUGAGCUGCGAAAGAGCUAAUGUUCGGUGGCUGAAGGAUGGCCAACUAUUGAACGAGGACAACAUUCACAUCUCCAGUGAGGGUAAUACCCACAAGCUCACCAUUAAUCCUCUGCAGCUGUCAGAUUCUGGAGAAUAUGUGUGUGACGCAAGCACAGAUGAGAUGUUUUUCAGUCUUUUAGUUAAAGAAAUGAAGGUGAAAUUCGUCCGUCAGUUGGAGAACGUUGUAUCUGUCAAGGGCAGCAGCCUCACGCUGUUCUGCGAGGUCAACAAGCCCAAAGGUGAUGUUCAGUGGCUAAAAGGCGGCCAGGAGAUCACCCCGAAUCGUCGGCACACAAUAAGGGCACAAGGCCGAGAGCGAAGCUUCACAAUCCACCAGCUCGUGGACGAAGACGCCGGGGAAUAUUCCUGCGAAACGACAGACGACAGGACCUCGGCCACCGUCACAGUGGAAACUCCUCGCGUCGUCGAGUUUGUCGCCGAACUUCGAAAUAUCACCGUCUGCGAGGGAGAGGACGCGGUAUUUAAGUGCGUGGUUUCCCUGGCGGACACCAAGUUGGUGUGGCGCUUAAAUGACAAGCAAGUAGCUCUGAAUGAGCGCGCUGUCAUUUCCAGCAACGGACUCUGCCACAUGCUCUGCAUCAACAACUGCAUGGUUUCAGAUAGCGGCAGGGUGACAGCUGAUGCAGAGGGCUUGGUAUCAGAGGCAGAGCUCCAGGUUCAAGAGCAACAGGUGCUCUUCACCAAGAAAAUGAUGCCAGUUGUGGCAGAAGAGUACAGUGAAGCCACUCUGGAGGUGGAGGUGAGUCUGGAAUCGGACGAGCUGCAGUGGAUGAGACAGGGGGUGCUGAUCCACCCCGGCGCCAAGUACACCCUGAGCCACCGGGGCCGAAAGCACACCCUCACCAUCCACAAGCUGGCCAUGUCUGACCGGGGAACCUACAGCUGCGAGACCCUCCACGACCGCACGCAGGCCCAGCUCACCGUGGAGCCUCGAAAAAUCGCUAUCAAGCGGGGGCUGACCGACGUGAGGACCACGGAGAGGGAGACGGCUUCCUUCGAGGUGGAGCUCUCGCAUCCCAACGUCCCCGGGACCUGGACCAGGAACGGGAUCCAGCUUAAGCCGACCAAUCACUUCCGGAUGAGCGCCAAGGGAUCCGUCCACAGCCUCACCAUCUCCAACCUGUCGGUAGAAGACACCGGCACCUUUGUGUUCUGUGUGGAGAAUCAAAAAACCUCUGCAAGGCUUGUGGUGAAGGAGCCUCCAGUGACGGUGAUCAGGAAGCUGGUGGACCGCAGAUUCCCCGAAGGGGCGGUGAUCUCUCUGGAGUGCGAGCUGUCCAGACACAAUGUUGAUGUGAAAUGGGUGAAGAAUGGGGUUGAAGUGAAACCCGGGAAGGAAAUGCGCAUUUACGCCAUGGGGAGGAAGCGGUUCCUUCAGGUCAUGAAAUGCCACGUCAGCGAUUCCGGCGUGUACGCCUGCGACGCCGGCGACGUCACCACGUCGUGCGCGGUGGAGGUCUACGAACGUGAGCUGCUGAUCCUCCAGGGCCUGGAGGACGUGGACAUCCAGGAAGAUCAGAACGCCGUGUUUAUGUGUGAGAUCUCCGUGGAGGACGUUCCUGGAGAGUGGUAUAAGAACGGGGAGCGGAUCCAGCCCACUAGCACCAUUAAGAUCCGACAGGAAGGAACCAAACAUUUUCUUCUGAUGUGCAACGUGCGAGCAGAAGACUCCGGGGAGAUCAAGUUUGUUGCCCGACACAUUGAAUCUGUGGCGUCCCUGGAAGUGGAAGAGCUUCCCGUCAACAUCGUGAAGCCCCUGCAGGAUCAGACGGCCCUGGAGAAGACCCGGGUGAUGCUGGACUGCACCGUGUCCAACCCCCGCUGCAGCAUCCGCUGGUACAAAGGCUGCAACGUCAUCCUGCCCUCCGAGCGCUUCGAGAUCUGCAGCGAGGGCUGCUACCGCAAACUGGUCAUCCAGCAGGUGGUGCUGGAGGACGACGGCACGUACAGCGUGCAGGUCGGGGAGUACAGCUGCUCGGCCAGACUGACCGUGGAGGCCCAGUCCCUGUCGAUGGUUCGAGAGCUGAAAGACGUGGAGGUCGCGGCCCCCGAUGACGCCUGCUUCGAGUGCGAGGUCUCGGCCCCCAUCCUCAAGCCGCCCGUGUGGAGCCUGAACGGGGAGCCCCUCCAGCCCGGCGCCCGGGUCCGGGUGGAGAGGAUGGGCACCGUCCACCGGCUGACCCUCAGGCAGACGACCCCGGACAUGAGCGGAGUGGUGGAGGUCACCUUCGGGAAGGCGAGGAGCAGCGCCCAGCUCCGGGUAGUGGGUGACCCUGAAUCAGCCUGACCGCCGUGGGAUGGACCACAAACACCUCCUGACUCCGCUCGUAUGUCCAUGAUACAGUCUUUACAUCUCUGGACUACAGUCUGUAGGCCUCAAAACAGGGUUGUGUGGGAUUUUAGAGCAGUUUUCCUUGUAAAAGCAUGUGAACAUAUUUAAUAAAGAAAAAACAAAUAACACGGUUCCUAUGAUAGAAUGAGCCGUUUCGGUGUAAAUAAUGUCCGGUGUGAAUGUUGUAUGUCUGCAUCUAAUUGAAAUGCUGUAAAGUGCUGUUGUUGGAGCCAAUUAAUCUGCAUGAAGUGUACUUAGAGCGAGAUGGGGGAAACAGAAAAAUUCUUAAUUUGUUGGAUUUUGUAUUGGUUUGGCUUUCUGAAAGGCUGAGCCCCAGAUGCCAUUGUGGUGUUUAAGAGAUCUUAAGAACCAGACGCAGCUGAAGCCCCGAUUUCACCAAAUGUGAGAAAAUACACACAUUAAGGCCUGGUUUAAUAAAAAUUGAUCUACUCACAGGAUGAAGCAUAACCCGGAAUAUAGAUUCAGCUCUCUGACCUCCAUGAAUAAGAAACAUGAAGUAUGUGUUCCUGAAUUUUUUUUUUCCCUGUGUUCUUCAAUGUAAAGCAGCUGAGCCUUCAGUAGACAUGCGAGGAGUUUCCUCAGCUGGCCCACCAUAGCUUUUAUCUGCUGAUCAGAUCACUUCAGUAUUAUAUCUCAAAUCCUCACUUCAUUUCUCUAUUGAAGUCACACUGAAUCACAUUUACAUAACCAAUGGGAAAAUUACAUGAAAAUGGGAAGCUGUCUUGCACUUUGGGUGUCCAUUUAUUGAAAAUGCAGAGAAUCACCAGUAAUAGCAAUCCAACUUUUUCAUCUGUCCAUAAAUGUCAGUGUAACCACUAUUGAUAAUGUUUAUAGUGUAUUGUUGUCUGCAUGCAUGUGUUUGUGGUUUCAUUGCGUAAACUAACAGCAGUGUCAACUUGUGGCCUGGCAUGGUAACUACAAUGCGAACUUCUACAAAUGGUUUUUUUGAAAUUUUGUGAGAUGGGGGCUUUAUGUAUUUUACAUGCAAUUCUUCAAUCUGUGUUUUGAUUUGCACUCAGUGUAGGUUCCCCCUCAUCACUUUGUGCUUCUUUUUUGUUCGUUCUAAGUUGCAGUAGAAUCUCAUAUUCAAGCAUUUUGUAAUUUAACUGUUUUAUUUUGUAUUGUGAGUAAAACAAAGGAUGCAGGGUCGCAUGCUUGUGCAUGUCUGUUGUGAUCUCCGAUUUCUGGUUUUGAAAACAGCAUUCAAGUAGGAGUUUAUUUAACAUUAAAUGUGUAUUUUCACCUUUUUUUUUUCAUUGUAUAGAAAGUUUUUUUUAAGGCUUUGAAUGAGAGGAAAGUCGUGUCUUGCAGCGAGGGGCUUGUAAUGUAAAUACAUUGGGCCAAAA